AAUUAAUGAUGGCGGCAGAAGGUGGAGAUAAGGAUUCCGACUGGAAUUUAACUGGAUUUCUCUUUGGUAAUAUUAAUGAAAAAGGUGAACUAGAAGAUGAAACCAUUUUAGAUGAGGAGUGUCGCAGACAUUUGUCACACCUUGAAAGUAUUGGUGGAUUUGGAAGUUUAAUAAAAGAUAUUUCAAAUCUUGAAGAAAAAUCUGAGAGAGAUGUUAUCAUUAAAAAAGUUGAAGGAGAUGACAAUGAUGUAUCAAAAACACACAAUUCUGCUGACUUUAGUGAAAUAACUGAAUUAGCUGAUGAUGAAGAAGAACUUGACAGAAAACAUUCAAAAGUAAUUGAAAAAAAGACCAAAGAUUUUGAUGAUGAUUAUGACGAUGAUGAAAAGAAGAAUCACUUAAAGAUCCUCUCAGUAAAGAUGAAAAAGAUAAAUUGGCUAUGCCACCACCACUCAUUACUGGUCAUUUUACUGGCAAUGGUACCAAGAAAGAUGAUGUUUCUUAUGUAUCAUAUCUCCCUCAAACAUCGGAUGGUAAAACAGUUCUUGAUUUAUUUCCCGAGUUCCGUCCAGGCAAAGUGUUACGUUUUUCUCGGUUAUUUUGGCCUGCCAAACCAUCAUCUUUACCACAGUUGUGGAGAAAUGCAAAGAAACGUAGAAAGAAAAAAAAGAAACUUGAAGAUCCUAUCACACCUGUGGCUACUUCAUUUAAGAUUCAUGAUGAGUAUGCAUCAGAUGAUGAGGAAUGGUUAAUGAAACCAAUGGAAAAACAGAAUAUAUCAGCUUUAUCAAUAAAUCAUUCUCGAACCAAAAUGAAUAAUGAAGAACAAAAAGUUUGUGCAUGGCGACAUGGUCCAGCAGCAUUUUGGUAUGAAAUGCUUGGUGUUGAUGAUGAUGGAUCCAACUUAGAUUAUGGCUUCAAACUCAAAGAUAAGGUGGAUACUGAAGAGAAACAACAAGAAACAUUUAUUGAAGAAAUACCAAAAUUUCCUUCUGAUGAUUGUUUCUAUUUGGUUGCAAUCAAAAGAUGGGAAGAUGACAUCAUUUGGUCAUAUGAAGAUGUUAAAUUGAAUCCACUGGCUGAAAGAAUAGCUGGAUGGAUACCGUCUGCCAAUGUUCGCACUACUUUGGCUUAUGCCAACCAAAAUACUCAAGGAACAAAACCAUCUGGUUUAGAAGAAAGUAUUAAGAAGACAAAAGCUGCCAUGAAAGCUAAUAAUUUAUUAUUAACUGAGAGUGGUAAAGAUAGUAAACCUUGGUAUUCAAUAUUUCCUGUUGAUAAUCAAGAAUUAAUAUAUGGAAAAUGGGAAAAUAAAAUCAUUUGGGAUUCUGAGGCGAUGGGAGUCAUACCUGAACCAGAGGUUAUGGCUCUUGAUCCUAAUGAUGAAAACCUAAUUCUUGGAAUUCCUGGAGAUUUUGCCAAAGGUAGUGAGAAAGAGCAAGAACCAAUUCGAAGACGAGAACCAAAGAACAAGUCGAAGUUAUUGCUUGGAAAAAAUAAAGCUGAGGACGAUGAUGAGGAGAGCGGGUUUUUAAAUCGACCAACCAAAGAUCCAUUCAACAUAUCCAAUGACGAACACUAUAAUCCCAAGCACACGUCCGCAGAGAGCAGUCUACAAGCAACAAUGGGAACCAAUCGAAUACAACAUUCAACACCAGCAAUGGAGUUACAACGUCCAUUUUUCCCAACGUUCAAUUCUAAAGAGAGCUUGCGACAUUUUCAUCGUCCUUUGCUGAAACGGGUCAGUCAUGGAAAAUUGUCUGCCCCUGGUCCUCAUUCUGUUUCUGGAUUGCUUAAACAUAUAAAGAAGAAAGCCAAGGAACGACAAAAAGAACGGUUAGCUUCUGGUGGAGGUGAAGUUUUUUUUAUGCGUGAUGCAACUGAUCUUUCAGGAAUGGAUGGAGAACUAAUACUAGCUGAGUAUUGUGAAGAAUAUCCCCCUCUCAUAAUGGCAGUUGGUAUGAACACCAGAAUUAUUAAUUAUUAUAAAAGGAAACACGGUAAGGAUGAAGGUGCUCCUAACUUUGAAUAUGGUGAAACACUCUACAUUCAUCAAACAUCACCGUUCUUGGGACAGCUAAAACCAAGCGAAUCCUUACAGGCUUUGGAGAAUAAUCUUUUUCGUGCGCCAAUCUAUGAACAUGCAUUGCCUUCAACGGAUUUUGUCAUAAUCAGAACAAACAACAGUUACUAUAUACGUGAGGUAAAAACUAUGUUUUGUGUUGGUCAAGAAUGUCCAAAGUUUGAAGUCCCAGGACCUAACUCAAAGAAAGCAAAUAAUCAUGCACGUGAUUUUCUCCAGGUUUUUAUAUUUCGACUAUUUUGGAAAAGUCCCGACAAUCCUCGGCGUAUAAAAAUGGACGACAUCAAAAGAGCGUUUCCUCAUCAUUCGGAGAGCAGCAUAAGAAAACGUCUGAAAUUAUGCGCUGACUUUAAAAGAACAGGUGUUGAUUGUAAUUGGUGGGUCCUCAAGAAUGAAUUUCGCCUCCCUUCGGAAGAUGAGAUGAGAGCGUUGGUGACUCCUGAACAAUGUUGUGCCUAUCUUAGUAUGCAAGCUGGAGAGCAAAGAUUAAAAGACGCAGGUUACGGCGAGAAAAACAUGUGUGCUAGUGAUGAUGAUAAUGAAGAAGAAACUCAAAAAAUUGACGAUGAGGUUCGAACUGCACCAUGGAACACGACCCGUGCGUUUAUAUCUGCGAUGCGAGGAAAAUGUCAACUUGCAGUCAAUGGUCCUGCUGAUCCAACCGGAUGUGGCGAAGGAUUUUCUUACGUCAGAGUCCCUAAUAAACCUGUCGCGUCUAAGGAUGAAAACAGUAGCCAGAAUGCUUCAGUAAGAAAACAAAAAACAGUCACUGGUACUGAUGCAGAUUUACGACGUUUAUCAUUGAAAGAUGCCAGAAAAGUUCUCCGUAACUUCGGUAUACCCGAAGAAGAAAUCAAGAAAUUAUCACGAUGGGAAGUUAUUGAUGUUGUUAGAACACGUUCAACUCAAGCUGCUAAAUCAGGAGAAGAAAGAAUGAGUAAGUUCGCUCGCGGAUCACGUUUUUCAAUUGCUGAACAUCAAGAGAGAUAUAAAGAAGAAUGUCAGCGAUUAUUUGAUUUGCAAAACAGAGUUUUAUCAUCGAAAGAGAUAUUAUCAACGGAUGAAGAAAGCAGCAGUGAUGAAGAUAGUGAUUAUGAUGAAUUAGGAAAGGAUCUUGAAAGAGAGUUAUCAAAUAAAAAAUCGUCUUCACAGUUGAGCCACGAACAAGAAGAAGCAGAAAGAUUAGAACUUCAACGUUUACUUAACGAAGAUCGUAAGGUGAAUAACGACAUGAAAGGAACUUCAGAUAAACCUGGAAAAGAUGGUAAAACAGGUUUUGAUGACGAUACAACAUCAGUAAUGAGUUUAGAAUCCUCUACCAUGACUGGUCGUCGUUUGUUGAUUCAAAGAACAUUUAAAGAUGAAGAAGGAAGACAAUAUACUCGUACUGAAGUUGUUAAAAAUCAGCCAGUUAUUGACGCAUAUCUUAAAUACAUUACUAAAGACAAAAACUACAGAGAGAACUUUGCGAGUCAGGACGAGGUUCAUAAAGAAGAAAUAAGACGGGAAAGACGAAGAAUUCAAGAACAGCUGCGAAGAAUCAAACGUAACCAGGAAAAAGAACGAGAAAAAGCAUUGCAACCAAAGAAGAAGAAAGAAAAAGCUCCAAAUAAUUUGAAAUGUGGAGCUUGUGGAGAGAUAGGUCACAUGAGAACAAAUAAAAAUUGUCCAAUGUACCAAGAAGCUCCGGGUGUAACGGGUCCUGUUCAGGUUGCAAUGACUGAUGAACAAGUGGCUGAACAUGAAAUGAAUAUGCCACAAGAUGAUUUAGUGAAAGUUGAAGGAACGAAAAUUACUUUAGGAAAGGCAUUUAUUGAUCAUGCCAACGACCUUAAACGGAAAGCUAUGGUUUUACGAUUUCCCAAAGAAUUAGUUAAGAAACGAAGAAGAUCUGGUGUCAUGCAUUGUGAUUAUUUAAUGAAGCGUCAUAAACAAACCAACAGAAGACGAACCAACCCUGUGGUUGUGCUGCAAGUGAUUUUGGAAAAUAUUUCAACAAAAUUGAAAGACAUCAAAGAAAGUCGACCCUUUCAUGCACCUGUAUCAGCUAGAACAGUUCCUGAUUAUUACAAAAUUGUGAAAACUCCAAUGGAUUUACAAACAAUGAAGGAAAGAAUACGAAAAGGUCUUUAUCGAUCUCGUGAAGAAUUUCUUCAAGAUACAAACUUACUUUACUCCAACUGUGUUCUUUAUAAUGGUGAAAACCAUCCAUUAACUGAAGUGGCAAAGAAAAUUACUGACAUGGCGAAGAAGAUGAUUGACGAAAAACAAGAGGAAAUCACUCAAAUUGAAAAAGAUAUCAAUCCUUUACUUAGUGAUGAUCCUCAGACUGGAUUUUCUUGGAUGCUUGAAAAUGUAAUCAUGCACAUUAAAGCUUCUGCCGAUACAUGGCCAUUUCAUAGAGCAGUUAAUGCGAAAAAUGUUCCUGAUUAUUAUGAGAUUGUCAAGCAACCAAUGGACUUAGAAAAAUUGCGAAGCAGAGUACUGGAUCAUUUUUACAGAAACAGAGAAGAAUUUAUGGCAGAUGUUAAUCUUAUUUUAAACAAUUGUGUUUUGUACAACGGUGAAGAACAUGCAUUUACUGUCACUUGUCGUGAAAUGGUGAAAAAAUGCGAAGAACUACUGAAGGAGAGUGGAGAUCAGUUUAGUAAACUAGAAGAGAAUAUUGAAAGAAAUCCGUUUUAUGAUGAAAUGGACAGUGAAAGUCGUUCAUCUUAUGUGGCAAGUCAACCUCCCUCAGAAAGUGGUGAAAUAUUUAAUGAGAACAGUUUAGAUGAAUUUCCAAGUAGUGUCCAUAACGUUGACGAAACAAUGGAAAACGUUUACUCAAAUGAAGAAAACAGUCGUCAAAGCUGUGAUCAAGUUUUUAGAGCUGAAAAAUCAGUUCAUCUUAAAUCAGUCGAUCACGAUAUGGAGAUUGAUAUUGAAGGGUCUGGGGAAGAAUCUUUAAGUCAAAGUUUUGUAAAAAAUGAAGAUAAUGUGGAAAAUAUGCCAAAAAUUACUUCCUCUGUGGGAGAGAAUAAUUUAACAUUAGAGAAAUUGCUUCAAGAUCUUGAAACAUCACCUCAACAUGAUGAAAGUGAAGAGAGUGGCGAAGAUGAUUUUCCUUUUGAUGAUGGUGUUGAUGACGACGACGAGGAGGAGCCUGGUGAUGAGCAGAGACAAGACGUUUUUGUUGAUGAAUAGAUUUAUAUAAUAAUACAGACUUGUUGCUUCGUAUUGUAAGUAUUUAGAAAAAUAAAUUGCAUCAUUGCUAA